AUUUUGACAACUUUUCAUAUUUUUUGGAGCUCAUUUUAUUUCUUUCUUGAGUAGUGUUUUAACUAAUUUACUGUUUAACUUGGUAAAUUGAUUUUUGUGAAGAAAAAACAAAUUUCUUCAAAACAGUUUUCCUACUACCGAUUCCUUUUGGAGCACACCAUUCUCACGCAAGUUCCGUUUGUUUACUAGCCCGUUAUCUAAUUGUAAGUCAUAUCAGUUGUUUAACGUUUUGUGUGCUUCUCCGCAAAUGUUAUAGUUUGUUUUACUUUUCAAACAUCUUGAAGAAUGCUUGGCAAAAAAGAAUAAAACAUGGUGUAUGUGUCCGACUAUUUGGGAUCAAUGCUUAAUGAACCUUUACGAAAAAUCGAUGCUUCUAUUGGACAUAAAACGGCAGCGUUAUUUCUUAAGUUUCGCAAUUUUUCUCAUUCAUUAGAUGUAUAUUAUGAAGACAAGGGAAGCAGUACCUUGAUUUCUUGUUCGCGAGUUCACAAGCCAAUUUUGGUGGAGGAAAGCUAUUUUGUGUCGGUCUUUUGCGACGAACUGAGAACAAACACCCGUGACACAUUUGUAUUUUUCGGUGUUUAACAAGAAGCUGUACGAAUAUUGUCCAGUAAAAACUUUGAAAAUUGAAGCUUCAAUAUUUAUAAACCUCAAUACAGUAUACACAUGGUUGGCGGAUCUUCUGGGAAACCAAAACAGAAAACUUCAAACUACUGAGAUUAGUCUAGAGGUUGAAGACGCAUCACAAGUAUUAUUGGUACUGCCAUUUGUGGAUCAAAGUACGUUGGAAACCAUCAUCAUAUCUGCUAGACACAAACAAAGAGAAUAUUCAACGAUUGAUCUUCAAGAAAUCGCUAACCACAAAAUUGGAAGAGUGCAACAAAUGUACAAAUCAGAGAUUGUUUCUUGUCUCCCACGUCACUACAUUAUCUUUUCAAGUUUCCGUAUGUUUAUGCGAUUAUGGAUAAAGUAUCUUUGAACAAAUUGCGAGGUGUGGUGAAAGUGAGAUAAUUUCUUCAUAACUAAUUCAAAAAUCUGAUUGAGGCGUGCGUCAAUAAUUCGGAUUGCCGUGAGUUUUACCUUCGCUGUUGCGAAAAAAUCGACCAACCGAACGAGGAACGAUGUGAUUUUCAUGGAAUAAUAGAAACAAUCGAUACCAAGCUAACAAUAAUAGUCAAAAGUUUGAUCGGAAAAUUUUAUGUCCGCUGUGAUACGAAUUUCCUGGAAAUAAAACGUGUGGUUGAAGAUAAGGAGGAAGCAUGUGACAUUGAACAAGAGCCUAGGAUGCUCCCAGAGUCGUGGCCGGUUGAGCUUGAAUAGUCAAAUACAAGAUUCCAGUGUUAGCAUGCUCCCAUCGGAUUCUCGGGCCAUAGUGCUCCAGAAUUUUCUUCCGAAUCGCAGGAAUCUGGCCGAGUGAGCUGUUGCCUUUCCCCGUUAUGAGUUUGAUUUCUGGAAUUGUAAGUUUGUUCCAAUUACAGUUUGUGAAUUCUUCACAGUUUAUCUAUGUUUUUUGCGAAAAAUCUGGAAUUCCAGCUAAUUUAAUUUAAUUUAAUUUAAUUUAUUUUACGCUCUCGAGGAGAUGUGGAAGACGUGGGUUCAUAUGUUUUUUUGUGUAUCAAAUUUCCCCCGCUAUAAAGUAACUUUCUACGAAAAAAAAACUAACUUUUAUGCUCAUAAUCCGCCGGGAAAAUUGUCAAAUGUUGCUCUACCAAUGCAACAACGCGAUCUACCGUAACAUAGUGAAGCUCAAGCAUUGGAAUGAAGCCAUCCGGGAGAUUUUGGAAGUUACGAAGAACAUUGUUUCUUUGGUAGACGAAGUGAUUAUAAAUAAGAGAAAAAAAAGUUCUUCCGUAUUUUAUUUUUGAAUUCAAAUUCUGUGCAGUUUGAACUUCAAGCUCAUUAUUUUUAGUUUGUAAAAAAUCUUGAGGUUCCUUUUAAAAACGAAAAGCUUUC